GCUUAGUAUGACUGUUUUGCAAUCCUAAUAAAAUUAAUUUUAAAUAUUAGAUUUUUUUCUUUCACUAUUUGUAUUUAUUUUCCUUUCACUUAAAUUAACCCGAGAAUGAAACUCUAGCUAUCUUCCCAUAAAACCACAAUAGCUGGCAGAAGAGCAUGCAGUAAACAGCCACAUAUUCACUUCUCUUGAGAACAGUGCUUUAUCUCUUUGUGUACUUCUCCGGUCUGCCAGAGCGAGGCGCUGUUGGACAAGUAGAUGCACAUUCUCUGUUUGGUUGCGGGAAAUAUGUUUUAUUUUCUAAAUUAAGAAAUGACCGGAAAACUUUUAAUGUAUCCCGUGUUUGAGACUGUACCAGGAGACACUAUCAGAUGAGGAUGCAUUUACCGACGAAGCCGGCGAUCACCUACUUGAUCGGGAUUGUGUUAUGCCAUUUUUCCGACUGCUUUACAAACUAGCAGGUAAACUUGAAAAAAAUAAGCCGUGGCAGAAAGCUUCACCUUUACCGCGACAUUUGACCGAAAAGCCCUGACACUGUAUUCUCUGACCACUUUGGUCGUUGUUAAUUCGCUGUUUGGGAUUUUUGGUGUUUUAUUUGCUCCGUUUGGAUAAGUUGGAUUGGAUUAACGUUAAAAAGCCAAAGGACCUUGUCGAGUAAGUGGCUGUUCAUUGGAAACAGUGCUGAAUAUUCACCAUUUGUGUUCUGAAUACGAAAAAAACUCUCUAAUGCACAUAUAUAACGGUGUUUACUUGACGAAAUCAACCUGAGGAGUUUAUACUAAGUUUGUGCGCGAACCCAUAAAGCGGCUGAAGCGCUGAAUCUCACAGCUGUUCAUUUAAACAACUGUAUCAAGCCGACAGGAUAUUACCUAAAGAUUUAGCAAAAUGCGAUAGACGCGAGAAAGCAGUCCUCUCGGUUAAAUUGGAUCGGGUAUUUUGGCGUGAGGCCUGCUGGUCGGGCUUUUGCCAGGUGAUAUUUGGAGCUCAGGCCGCGUCAGGGCGCGUGGAGCCCGGCCGAGAGUGACGCGCAGUCUCGGUGUCAGAGGACGAGAUAUGGAGAGGAUGGAGGUGGACCAGUGCGCAGGCGCAGGAGCCCUCCGAAGGUCGAACAGCGCCCCUAUGAUCACGAACGUCAGUGAUGGAACAACAGUAUUCAGCUCCACUAGUUCAGCUCGGUAUCGCCGGAGCAGCGUGUCCGUAAACCCCAGCUGUCCAUCCCGGACCCUCCCUCUGUCCCCAUUCUCUCUGUCAUGUGAGAGACCCGAACACAAGAGACAGAUUGAGAAUAUGGAGCUGACUUUAAGAGGGAGUUUGCAGAGAUUAAGUGCCUCAUCUGCUGUUCCUCUCCCUCCUGCGAGUCACUGGCAUGAUCAUCUGUCUCCAGGAUUUCAUUCCCAAGACAGCGGCGUCACCCCUAAUUCCUCACCCAGCCCGACUCGAAGAUUUCGAGGAGGAUCUGUGAGCUCUGGAGUGAGAUGGCCAUCAGCUGCACCUUUGAAAAGGAAAGGUGGAGUGGAAUCGGACGGUCCACCCAAAAAGCUCUUUGUCGCUGGAGUCACAGACCCUGCUCACAUAACUAGUUACACAGUCAGUGUUUCCCAGUCAGUGGACUCUUCCUCUGGGACGCCUCCUGCCGGCUCAAACACCCAGGCCCUGUCCCUCUCCCCUCCGCCCCCGUUCACCUCGCACCAUCCCAGCAUCUGAGCCCAAGUGUUCAUCACACUACAGUUCAGGUGUUGUAAAAUGAAGACCAAACUUAUCCCUGUUUUCCUGCUUUUUUGUCAUUGUUGUUGUUGUUCAUUUGGUGCUUUAAUGCGAGUCUCUCAGCUCAAUCACUUCUGAAGGAAAGUCCUCGUAACUGACUUUGAUUUCUUUGGAAGUCAAAACGCAAUGUUAAGAUGAUUAAAUCUUGACGUAUCUGACUACACGGACGAUGAAAACUAUCAUGUAAUUUAUAGUUCUGUUUCUUCGGUGCCUACAGAGUAGUGUGCUGUAUAUCUGAAAGAGUAUCUGCAUUAACACAUUGCAACGAAAGCGUUCGGGUUACUGCUGCAACCUGGCCAAUCUUGACUCAAAGACCCUUUUUCCUCAGUGUAAAGACCAGUUUUGCUCUUCUUUGCUUUCCUCAAGUUGUGGCAGAACACUUUUUUGUAUUUUGGUACAUCUUCAGCUUCCAUUAACAGGGUCCAACGGUCGUGCAGAAUUGAAAACAAAAAGGACUAAGGAUAGAAAGUAUUAAAUGAGUUGACCGCAGAAGUCAAUGUUUUGUGUAAAUUUGUAUAAAUAUGUGAAUAAUCGAUUAUUUUAGGUAUUAAUUCAUUGUUUUUCUCUUGCGUUUACCCCCUGAGGGGUCUGAUAUCUGUAAAUAAGUUUAUUUUUCCACACAGAUUUGAGCUCAGACUGAACUUUUUAAGUUUGAAUGAAAUUCUUCAAACCGCCGGAAAUGAUACCAGCACAUUCAGUCAACACUCAUCCCCAUUUUAAUUGCUUAAUUAAAAUAAGUACUGUAUAAACUAGACGACAAAAAAAAAUCACGUCUUGAAUCCAGUGUUGGAGUAAACUGAAAGCACUUUUAGUGAAAAGUCCACUUCCAAAACUGACCUAGAGACUGAGAAUGUAUCCUGUCUGUGGCUUAGAUGUGUUAUCUAGAACCAUAACAGUGUCAAAUCAGUUAAAUGUUUUGUCCUCAAUUCCUAAGUGAUGAUCGUUCGCUAUUGAGUUACGUGCUCAAGACAUGUCCAUGAUGUAGGUGACUGUUUUUUCUUCAAUAGAUCAUUUAAGAUUUUUAACUGCAACUGCAGUCCUUAUAAACGCGAAAUUGAAGCCAAUGGCUAUCAGCACUUUGAGAGUCAAAUGACCACUGAAGCCCCUGAAGAUACAUUGAAGCCUUGUUUACAGAGGCAGUUUGUAUCCCAAUGUUUCGCUUCACAAGACCCGAAAGCAUCUUCAGGAGCCGGUGGUAUUAAUUGUUUUACCUGUCGGUGUUUCUUUGACCCUUAAAGUGUUUAGAGUCACUGACUAAAAUCUUUCAUUUUCUACUUAAAAAGUCCCUUGCAUCAUAGACGGGCUGAGCAUGAGCAAAUAAACCGCUAAUUUCCUUUUUCUUUGGGAGAAUUAUUACUUUAAAGGGUUACUUCACCUCAUUGUGAAAAUGGCCAUAAUUUACUCACUCUCCUGUUGUAUCAAACCUGUAAGAAAGUGUCCCUCCUUCAUAACAAAAAAAGUUGUUGUUUUUCUUUAUGAAAUCUGAGAUUUCCAUCCCUCCAUUAAAAGUAAUUGAAACUGAUGCUUCAAAACAGGUUGAAAAAUAAAUUAUAAAAUGAGCAAUUGUGUCUCUUCAGAAGACUGGAUUUACAUUUUUGUAUUGAUAAGGAUUUAUUUUUUUGAUUUCUUUAUGAUCAUUUUGAAGCCUCAGACUUAAAAUAGAGAGAAAUGUUUUAGUAUAUAUAUCUUACUCUUUGAAGGGAAGAUAAACAAAAAGGGUUUGAACAACAUACUGAUGGGAACUAAGCCUUUAAAGUGAUUAUUCACUCUAAAAUGAACGUUUCCUCAACAUUUACUCACACUCAAGUUGUUCUCUACUAAAUUCUUAUGAAUUUCUUUCUUCAGCUGAACAUAAUACAAGAUAUUCUAAAGAAUGUUGGGAAAAAGCAGCCUUUGACAUCAAAAUAAACUGUGGAAGUCAUUGGAAGUCAGUUUUUUCCCAACAGACCUCAAUAUAUCUUCCUUUGUGUUCAACAGAUGAAAGAAACUAUUAACAGGUUUGCAUUAAAUGGAGGAUGAGUAAAUAACGGCAGAACUUUGAUUUUUGGGUGAACUAUCCCUUUAAGUCAUCAAUUAUGGACAGAAAACAAGGACUUGUACAAUCACAGUUUCAGCGGAUUUCAUCCUCUUCCUCUUGUACUAUUUGCACAGUGUUAGAUAUCAAUGUUGCUGUUACAUGAAUGGGAUCAUAUUUACUUUAUUUUUAACAAAUAUUUGUAUGUUUAAAUCCUUUCAGUUGGGAAAUUGACAUCUUUUUUAAAGUGGAGACGUUUUAAAGUCUGCAAUAUAAGAUGGGUUAUUUUUAUGUACAAGCAUCAGAUGCACCACUUCAGGCUUUAAUUCUGAGGUUUAAGCUGUAUGGAUUUUAUUAGGCCUGAUAAAUUAUUGUAAUUGUUCAAAAACGAAAGGAAAAUAAAUGUAAAUAAAAUGACAUGCUGCAGUUAAUUGAACUGGAAGACCUUCGUAAAAUUAAAUCUCCACAAUACUUUACAGCAUUAUGCAAAUUUCGUUGAGCGCUGCAUCUGUUGUGUUAUUUAUGAAUGCUCUGUUUGCAGUAUCUUUACAGAUAUCACUGUAAAGAUUCUCAAGUCCAGAAGUCUUUAUAUCAUCAACCGCAGCAGCUCGUCUGCCUCUAAAGCUGUGUACGGGACAUUUAAAGCCCUUUUUCUGUUUCCAUAUUCAUAUAUCAAGAGGAGUGCGGCUUGUUCUUCGAAAUGACGCCAUUGCCUUUUCCUUGUAGUUUUUCAUUCAGCAAAGACGAUGCCUUACAGGUUUUGAGUCUUGAAGUUUGAAUUCCAAAGUUACUUGCACUGUUUCCAAUGUUCCUUGAGAUUUCAAAGAUUAAAAACCAAUGUUCAUGGCUCUUUAAAAGUGAUGUGCAAUAUGCAAUUUAGUUGCUGGAAUUGGUGUUCGUCACGUUCACGGGGAUAAUCAGUUGUGUGUGUUUAUCAAAAACCCGAACAGAAGACUUGAGAGCAGUUUGUUCUCAAUCAGUUGUAUAAUCAGCUAUUUUUAUUCAUGUUUUCCUACAUUAUGUACCAUAUUUCUUUGUUUAGAUUUGCCAUACACUUCCUGUAAGAUCUGUGCGUCAGAGAUGUCUUCUGAGCACUGGUAAUAAAUGGAUUGUGAGCGCACGGUAAAUCAUUGUAAAUGCCAAAGCCGACAGACUCUGUUUAAGUUGUAAAUAUAUUCUGAAAGCCAGAAAAAUUCAAGUGAAAGAUGGAUUAUUUUUUGGCGCAUUGGUAGCAAAAGUACAUUUAUUACCCCGAGAUGAAUGUCCAAUUAUCAGAGAAGGAAUAUCAUUUAGCAUAAAAUGAAAUGUAUAUUAUACCAUAUAUUCUUAUUAUGAAGAAGAUCAUAAUAAAAACUCAUUUUACUGA